UAAAUUCGUAGGCUUGUUCUAAUUACAACAUCACGGAGCCAAAAAAACCAAGAUAACUAAUGGGAAAUCACAGCAGGAGAAGUACUGGUCUUGGUAUUUACAUCAUUCCUCUGCUUCUGGUCGUCCUGUUCUCGUUGCCUGAAGACAAGAUGGUACUGGUCGGAGCAGCUAGAGCUCCUUCUGCCGCCUCCGCCGCCACGGUGGCGACGAGCAGUAUCGGCACCGGCGACGAGGCUGCCGGCGACGGGAGGAUAGUUCAUGAGGUGCGCAAAUUUGGGCGUGGGGUCAAGGGAAGUGUUUCGAGACCCACCGGGCACGGCAACCAUCGCCCUUCGCCCUGCUGUUAUUGAGAUAGAUUUCGGAGAGUGUUUAUAAAUAAUUAAAUGAAUUGCAUGAUCUGUGAAUUGUUAAUAAUAAAAGUGUUGGAUCAUAUUAGGAGCCUUCUAGCUCCCGCGCAGCCUACUU